CUCUGUUUCUGUUUUUUUGCGUGUGUGUGUGUGUUUGUGUAUAAAGCGAAUAGAAUUCACCUUUUUUUUCUCUUUUUUUUUCUUGUUUCAAUCUAAAAUAUGCUUUACUGGACAAGGCUAUUGAUUAUAGCAUAUUCCACAACAAAAAGUGUAGAGACAUUUAUACCCUUUUAUUUAUAUGACAAGCUAAAAUUGAAUACAAUGUCAAUAUCAAUAUUUGUAGCCAGUAUUUAUUUACUUCGAUCUAUUUCUGCAGUUUGGUCAAUAACUGCAAACAGUAGAACUCAUUUAUAUGGAAAGAUCAUUACUCUACUGACAGUAUUGUCCUCUAUACCCUUUAUUAUCAUAUUAACUUUGGAAGAACAAUCCUAUGUUGUACUUGCUAUCUGCUGUUUACUUGAUGGUCUAUUUUAUCAACCACUCGAUAUAUUAAUCCAUACAGUCAUUAUAAAGGUAUUAGGAGAUUAUCGAACUAUUUUUUAUGGAUCCUUUUUACGUUGGAAAGAUAUCACAGGCGUUGUCUUGAUCGGAAUAACGGGUUUAGUUAUUCACUUUACCAAUGAAGACAAUAUUAGACUCAUAUUGCUUAUCCUUUGGAUCAUUGGAAUGAUAUCCUUAUUCGUCAUAUCAAACAUAAAUCAGGUUAAACCAUCUAGCCCUGCAGAGUUAAAUAUCAGUGAUGACCAAGCACCUCUCUUGUUAAAAAAUGCACUCAGUUUAACAACAGAUCAAAACAGUAUCUACUUUCCAAUAUAUAAACCAUACAGCAUAUUUGGUGAACAACUAUCACACAUAUCCGAGGAAGAUGCUAGUCAACUAGAUAGGAUGUUGACAAAUGAUUCUCUGAGACAUGUCUCAAGUUUUGAUAGCAACGCACCUUCAUUUUAUACGAGAAGAACAAUGACAAAUACAUAUACGAAUCAUAAUAACAAUAAUGAUGAUGAUUACAUCGAACAGGACACGACAGUAACCAUUCAUGCCUAUGCUUUAGCUUUACUUCCACUGCCAACAGCUACUGAUCCUCUAGUUGCAUUAUUAUCUAAACAAGAGGAUGAAGAACUAUAUGAGGAUUUAUUUAUACCAAGAAACUAUGUUUUACCGAUUAACCAUCAACUGAUAAAGCUGAAAAAUUGGAAAUUAACGACACUUGACAUGUCAAUUUUACUCUUGGGAAUAACAGACGCACUCUUGAAUACAUUUCUUUUUAUGUAUGCUUAUUCUGUACUUGGUAUCUCUUUAUCCAUGAUAUCAUGGUUGAUUGUAACAAACAUUACAAGCCAAUCUAUUGUGCAUUGUGUCGUCGAAAAGUGGUUUAUCCACAAGUUGAACCUAACAUUGACUACAACCCUAGUACACAUUUGCUUAAUUAUAUGCACUAUCGUCUAUCCUUGUCUUAAACCCAAUAGCCUUAUAACCAAUGCAACCUUAUUUGUAUUACAGGCUGUACAAGCUGUUUCAUUUCAACUAAUUUGGUCCAGUGCAAUUGAUCAAAUCCAGUUUACUGUUUGGAAUCAAUAUGAGCGCAUGAAAGAAAGAUCAAAGGCAUCUGCAUUAUUCAGCAGUAUUGGUCCUGCUAUAGGCGCUAUCAUCGCAGGAAUCGUGUUACAGUCUAGUCUAGAAGAAUACUCUUUCUUACUCAAGAUAGCUGUGGUAGUACUAGCUCUGAGCUUUGUAACCACAUGGGGUUGGACAACAGAUGAAUAGCUUCAUAUUAUGUAAAAAUACGCGCUUGUACAUUUCUUUAUAAAGCUCUUAUAUACACAUCUUUAUAUAUAUGAGAUCACGUUUUGUAGUAAAGCGUUAUAAGCUGUCUUUAUAACGUGCGGGAGAAGUACUCUGUUGAAGAUACUCUAUUGUUGUCAAAUAACAGGCUGCUUACUUACCACCGUAGUUAUUUAAUGUCGAUCAUUAAUUUUUGUAGGACAGCAGAAUCAAGGGGAGAUUUACAUCCCUUUUCAUAUUUGCCUGCAUUAUACUAACAAACCUUUGAAAAUCUCUAUGUUAUCCUAAUGAUAAAAAACCCACUGAAAUCAGCUUGAUUUCUAUAAAUAGAUAGUUUUUCCUCAUAGCAGAAGAAAAUCUUUUUUUAUGCCAUAGAUGCGUCUCUCUGCAUCUGCAAAAAAAAAAAAAAAAGAUCCAACUUGUGCAACACUGAAGUCGACACCACCAAU